GGGUCCUCGUGAUUGGAUUUAUGUACGAAAAAAGAAGGGUGAGAAGCAAGAAGACCCUGUGCAAUACAAUGCGCCGCCCAAGAAAAUAGCUUCCCACAUGCAGGCUUAGCCAUUGUUUUUAGAUACAUAUGCAUGUUCAUUGAGGUCACAGGUAAUAGAAGUGUAAGUGUAAGUGGGAAGCACAGGUGGAGCAGCAGGGGAACUUCUAAAAAGUUUGCUGGUGUCGUUGAAAUUCGUGGCUCCUAUCAGAUAUAAUCUUGAUUCUGAUUUUGAACUGUGAGUCCGCGAACCGCGUGGUAGGACAAUGAAUUGAACAGCGUGAUUCAUAAAAAGCUGGGUGGUACAAAUAUUGACCUCUUGCCAGGCGCAUCAUCAUCAUCAUCAUCAUCAUCAUCGUAUUUUGCACCAGCAACAUUGAUCAUUGAAUCCAUGGCAUUUCCCCGCUUUAAGCGUAUCAACAAUAAUUACACGGCCCAUUGAUGAGGAGCAUAAGACAGUGAUUUGGGCAAAAUGAGUAUGCGGCCGCCAUCCCUGCCUCCAGCAGGUAAGGUCCGUUCUGCAUCCGGUGAUGCAAUUAUGUCUGCGGUACCCCCGCUCACAGCCGCUGAGAUCCAUUCUGCUAGUCCGCAUCCCGCAUCACUCGUGUCUCUCCCUCCCAGUCGGAGCUCCACGUCCACCUAUCCGGGAGGUGUAAUGGCAGGCACGUCCACGACUUAUUCUGGUAGUGUAAUAGCAAGUAGUGGCGGAAUAACAGGGAGCAGUUCCGCAACAGCGGAUGGAGGAGAAAUUUUGCAUUAUCAAGCUGGCUCAGGAGGAGCUGUGUCCAAUAGUGUUUCUGGCGGUUCGUCUUCCUCCUCAUCGUCGGGAUACUACGGACAAGGAGCAACUGCUCAGCAACAAAUCACAACAUUCUCCACCUCGUCCUCAUCUAGUAUCAACAAUGUGAAUACUUUUAACGGUGGCGGUGGUGCUGGCACAUGUUUUAUGAGGAGCGCAACUACCUCCAAUACCUCAAGAGAGCCAGGUCGACCUUCUGUUGAUCUCGGACCUCGCCACAGUGGGACUGGUACGUCUGGAACAGUCCAAAGCAACGCAGCUAGCAGAACCACUGUUGCAAAUGCGACUACAGGGCAGCCUCCCGGAGCAAGAUUCGGGCCACGCUCACAUCAAGGCUCUGUUGUAGCUAAGCGGUUUCACGAAAUAUUGGCUCGUUAUAGUGCGACCUUCGCUGGACAGAAUGGACCGGAAGCCGUGAAAUUUCGAAAAGUCACCGAAUUCGCUCUAACCCUGAUCAAAAAUGCAGAGAAGCAUUGGAAGGAGCUCAACAAAGAGCCAGUGGUGCUGCUAAGUCGUGGUUUAAUAGUACACGACAGUGAUCAAAAAGUGAUUCCGAUUUCUGUACUACGACAUCGAAAUGUGGAUAAAGGUCUAGCUUGAAGGUGCCCCUGCGUGAAUUUAUUUGUAGUUUUUUCUGUGCGUUGCGGCAUCUUCUCAUGUGAUGUCGCCACUUUGCUGAUCGUAAGGAAAAUGAAAACUACGUUUAUUCAGAUGCGUAGGUUGCCUCCCGUAUUUUCUCUUUGACGAUCCUAUCUUCUGCAGGUUCGCGAGUUCGAAGGCCGGGAGAAGGAGAAAGAAAAACUGAGACAAGUGCAAGGACAGAGUGAGGUAACCAUGGCUCAGUUGAAACAUCUUCGGAUGGUGAAGCCUGAGGCUCAUAACACAGCACUUAAAGCAAACCUUACUCGAGAUCUGCAUACAAUACAAGAUAUUGUUGCACAAGUCGGGGAUACGACAGGCAGCAAGCAGCUGGAAGAAUUUCAGGUAUUGGGAUUUUUUUCAAUUUUCAUAUGAUGCCUAUACAUAGUUCAUGAUCACUUGCAUUUUGUCUAAUAUGUAUCUAGAGAAGGAUGAAGUAGCUAAUCGCCUGUGUAGAAUAUGAAAUGAGGAACGUCUUUUCCGUUUGGGGACAGUUUUUCCAACUGUGACUCUUCUCCCUGUGCACCAUAUCUUACAUCUCCCAUAUCUUACAUCUCCCCCAAGGCUCGCGUGGCAUCCGGUGUGCAGGGAGUGGAGGAGGAUAUGCGUACUCUGAAACGUCGCAAAGUAGAUCUGGUAGAAAAAGAGAAAGACUUACGCCGUAUCGAAACUCAAAUACUGUCGCAGCCAGGCGGUGGUCAACUCGAGCGACUCUUGUGGGGUGCCAAAGAAGAGCACACAGCGGCGUUCGUGCAGCCAGCUGGCGUAGCAGAUCACCAUGCUGCCCAAGGAGGAUGAGCAGCCUUGAGCAAAUUGAAAUAUAACGACAUUGCUUUUAUGCACAAACAUGUGCUGGCUGCUGGUGGAUCGACGGUCUGCUGGUGUGACUGCGAUGGCUAUCCAUAUUGCCAUUGUGACGUGACUCCGGUUUCCGAUUUGAACAUCCAGUUCUUGAACAUGUAAGACUAUUUCAUGAUGACCUAACCCAAGAAUCGCCGAGGUCGACGUCUUC